AUGACUGCCCACGUUCGGGCUGGAAACAUGCGAGAUGAGACAUCCCCCGUCGACCUGGUUGACAGCGCGUCGGCAAUCUUCAACGCGGAGGGCCCCGUGAGCCCCCGCACCGCUCCACCGGCCACGUUGCCGCAGACACGGAAAUAUAUCAGCGCACUAGAGGAAAGAAUCGCAUUCCUCGAAGCACGUUUGCCAGAUUUUGCCGAAGACCACUUCGCGGUGACAUCUUCCGCAGCAACACCUCCGGAACCCAAGACGAGAGGUUCGCGGAGAGACUCAAGAGACUCACCUUCGGACGAUGAGCCAUCAUCAUUAGUUGAUGGCGUUGCCUACCUGUCGUUAUGCGCAUCUGGCACAAUAGACACCGCCCCAGAGCCCUUUUACCUAGGGUCGAGCUCCGGCGCCACGAUUGCGCGGAUGAUUCAGUCUUUCAUCUUUCACAGCUCGGGUAAUAAAGCUGGAGUUGAUGUUAUGGCAACGAGUCAAACUGUACCGUCAUCUUCGAUGCACUCGCGAGGGAAUCCUUCGGUAUCCUCUAGCCCGGAGGAGCCCCAGUCUGAGUUCCCGUUCCCCGAGCAGGCGAAGAUGCUCUUCGAUGUCUUCUUUGAUCGGCUUCAUACGCGAUGGCCUAUCCUGGAUCGUAAGCUGUAUACAAAGCUAUUCGAAAAGCAGUAUGACCAAGGAGCGCUUACGAUCCAGAAUCGAAGCAUUAUGCACCUGGUGUACGCCAUUUCGGCAAAAUUCCUGCAGUUGAUGAAGAAGCCUUGCUACGUGGACCCUCAGAAACACCUCAUGGCUGCCAUCGAGCCGAUGGAUUAUAUCCUGGAACAACACAACCUAGCCACCGUCCAGCUUCUCCUUCUGCUCGCAGUUCAUGGGACGAGAAGUCCCUACGGUGCCGGCGCAUGGUCUCAGGUGCGGUACGCUGUUACGCUCUGCAUAGAACUAGGUCUCCAUCGAAAGCAGUCAGGCACCUCUACUCACAAUCCACGCGAUCUCGAGAUUCGAAGGCGCGUCUUCUGGUCUUGUUACUGUUUGGACCGCAUGACGAGUGUAGUGCUUGGACGGACUUUCGCCAUCGCCGACAGAGACAUCAACGUGGAGAUGCCAAGUGACCAUUUGGAGUUUUGGGAUUUGACAGCUCUAAAUCACCCGUCAAGCACAUCAGAACUGCCCUGGUCAAACAUGAAACCGUUCAUCCACAUUAUCAAGCUCCGGAGAAUACAAUCCAAGAUCCACCGCCGAGUAUACCGAGUUGAUAAAGACGUCUUCUCAGGUUCCUUGGAAGAACGAGUUAAACUCGAUUCCAAAAUGGGAGAAGUCAGGGCCGAGCUCGAUGAGUGGGCGAGAACAGUCCCUCAUCCGCCAAAAGACGCUGGAAGCAUAAGUUGGAUGUAUGAUCCGGAAAGCGCAUAUCACGACUCUAGAGAUUUCUUCGAUCUGCAAUACCACAAGUCAGUUUUAUCGCUCUUUACCGUACUCCUCCCCACUCUCAAAACCUCCGACUCGCGGUUCAUCACCACCGCCCGGUCCGCCGCCCGCGUCUGCACGGCAUACAAGCGUCUCAACCAGCAAAAGACGCUCAGCUACACCAUGAUGGCACUCCACUCGUGCUUUAUCGCCGGGCUAACACUGGUAUACUGCCUAUGGCGGGACCGCUCUCUCUUCUCGUACGACACGCUCGAAGCUACGAGAGCAUGUUCUCAGUCUUUGACCAUCUUUGGCGAGAAGUUUCAUGGCGCGAUUAAGUACCGCGAUAUCUUUGAUGCUCUCUCGGGGAGCCUGUUAAAGACAAUUGUUGAUCCGACAACGGGCCCAGACGAAGGAUCAAAGUCGCUCGAUGUGGACUUGGGAGUGAAUCCGGGGGUGUAUCCGGCGAUGGCGCCCGCAAGGACUUCUGGGAGCUUGGCCAUGGAACGGAGCAGUGGGGUCGAGGAAAAGCCAACCGUUACUCAUGCGAUCUCUGAUGCCGUGAAAGAGGCGUUUAUGGAGGUGGACGAAGAAGCACCGGGCGGUUGGCAGGGUUGGAGGAUGUUUAACGAAAUGGUGCAGCCCGAUCUCGCCUGUACUAGUCCAGUCCCAUUUACUUCAAUCCUGUAG